GCACACAUAUCAGGUGCCAAGAAACACACCAAAGAGAGUGUUGUGAUAAAGAGAUAUGGCGAAGUGGUAUUCGUUGCUCGUUCUUGCAUUGUUUGUGGUUCACGCCACUGCAAGAAAUGUGCUCACAACCACUUCCAUGACUGCCACGACCGGUCCUAGUGGUGCGUCAGUUGAAGACAAGAAGAACUUCGUCACUUUCGGUGGCGUUGGAGGCUUCUCGGGGCUCGGCUCUAAUGGCUUGCCAAUCGGCGGUGUUGGUGCCGGUAUGGGUGGUCUAGGUGGACUUGGCGGCGGUGUUGGGGGUCUCGGUGUGUUUACUAAUCCCCUUGGUGGUGGAGUAGGAGGUGGCGUUGGCGGUGGAGCAGGAGCAGGAGCUGGCGGUGGUGCACUUCCUUUACCCUGA